AUGCAGAAUGAGACGCGUGUUUUGGAUGUGACCAAAGGCAGGAAUACUUUUGCUUGUUCUUACAAGAUGACGAAUUUGCGGGAGAGUACACGGAGUGCCCGAGGUGACGCGAAGCGCCGGGACGCCUCCCCUCCCCGCCCACUAGGAGGAGCAGCCGCCAGACCACGUGGGCUCGGGGAAGCGGCGGGGCGGAACUUCUGGCGGGCGGGACUCGUUUCCCAGCCGGAGCGCUGUUGGACGCACCCUCGGCGGAGCGAAGCCGCGGCGCACCGCGCGGUGACCGGGCACGCGGCCGGCAUGGAGGCCAGUGGCGGCGCCGACGGUGGCGGCGUCCACCCGCUCUUAGGCGCCCUCGAUGGACAGAACAACUGGAUGACCGGCCAUCCACAGUUUUUGGAGAUGUUGGAGUUGGAUGUGGCAGAGACUUCUCAAGUUUAUACAGCAUUCUUAGUUUAUCUGGACCUUCUGGAAGCUAGAAACUGGCAUGAGGUAAAGAGUGUAGGAUUGCCAGAACUCCAGCUCAUCUGCCUUCAUGGUCAUGAGAAGGAAGGAGAAAGAUUACAGAUUGUGGUACCAACAUCUGUUCAUGCAGCAUUCAGUCAUGAGAGAAUAAGAGAGAUCAUGACACAUGCUUGCAAAUUGCAAGUUGAACAAGAUUCUCCAAUGUCAAUUACACUGGCCAUAGUAGAAUCUGAUUCCACAAUUGUUUAUUAUAAGCUGACUGAUGGAUUCGUGAUGCCAGAUCCUCCUGAUGCAGCUGAGGAAAUUGAUGGUAAGCAGUGGAGAAAGAAAAAGAAACUGAAGAGAUAACUAUAAGUGUGAACUGAAGAACUGAAGUGAGGACAGUUCGUGGGAUCACUGCUGUCAAGCCAAUUUGAGGAUAAGCAAGAACACAGUGAUUCAGUUUACGUAGAAAAGAAUGCAACCUUAACAAGCAACAAAACAACUGCAAAUGUACCCAGCUUCUGCUAGGCCUAGACCCCAAAGAAAUAGAAUCACUAGGGAGAGGGCCCAUAUGUACAAAGACUUUUAUGGCAGCUAUUUCCAUGAGGGCUCCAAAACGGAAAUUAAGGGAGUAUUUACCUAUUGGAAUUGCUAAACAAAUUGUGGUAGGGGAAUCUAACAGAAUAUUAUUGUGCUAUAACAAAUAAUGAAAUGGAUAGUUUCCAAAUGAGAUGGAUGAUCUCCAUGAUCUGAUUCAGAGUGAAGUAAUCUGAAGAAAAAAGAAGGCAUCAGACAUAGCUGAGAUGGAAAUACAGGGCAGAUUUAGUGAUGCUAUAUUCCUGCAGUCUGGAACUCUGACUUAGCCGGGGUUUUGCUCUAAAACUAUGUGUCAAGACCUUGGAGAAGCUUUUGAUUCUCCUGGAGGUAGGUCAGUGUCUGGUCUGUGGUAUGGGCAUUGGGUGGACCAGAGUUCAGCUGGCUUCUUCACCUCCAUGAGAAGACAAGUUCAGUAUACUCUCUCUAGGAUUCACAACUCCACAACAACUGCCUCAACUACACCUUCUUGGGAAAAGAGGACUUUCCUAGCCUCCAUGAGCAGCUAUUCCAUCAGGUUCCAGGCACCUGUCACCAACUACAGUGCUAAAGCUGUCACUUUGACCCUUCUCUUUUCACCUUCAUAGUACGUACCCCUCUCCUCACCUCCCCACUACACACAUCUCUCUGACACUCUGAGAUAGCUCUGUGCUAAUGCUGAGUACCAAGGACAAUAACUACUUGAACUCAUUCCUCAGUGAUGAACAUCUUUUUAUCCUGCUGUAUCCUCCCUAUGCCAGUAAUUUUGAAUCCCUGGCUACCAUUGUUCAAACUUCCAUUCUCUGUCCUCACUGACCACUUCCUUAUAACCAUCCUUCUCAACCCAACCUCCUCCCUCCCCCAAUGACUCACUCUGAAGCCACCCACUUCUACAGUGAUCUCUGUAGAGUAAAAGUACCUAGCUCUCAUCUUAAAAAUUUUUUUAUUUCUCCUCUAUAUGUUGCACUCAUUGAGAUCUGACUCUGUACUAACACCACAUCUCUGGCCAUCCUUUCCAGCUCUGGCUGCAUUUCCAUUCCUUCUCCACACCUUCUCUUUAUCUUCUGCCCACUGGUCUUUGUCAGGAAGUUAGAAUGUUCUCUGUUCUCCAUUACUACUUCCUGGCUCUUGUUCUACCACCAUCAUUCGCCUUUUUUGAGGUUCCUUCAAACCACAUUUAUCAUUCAAUCAAUAUUAAGGUGUCUGUUGUCAAUUAUUUCAUAUUUAUAUUUUUCCAAACACCUUAACCUCAAAUUACCUAUUUCUCAUGACUUACUUUUCCUUCUCAUUUUACCUACAUCCAGAGAUGGCUUUCAUCUUCCCUUCACCUGCAAGUAUUCCACUUCCAUCUUUGUGAACUCUGAAACUCCUUUAUUUGAUCAUAAUCUGCUUUGCAACCUUAAACCAUCCUGAGCUUCCUCACUAGCAGGAAUUCUCUACUCCUUGGUUUGCCUGGCUUCCUUCAGAUUCAACUAAAAUCCCUCCUUCUAGAAGAAUCUUUUCCCAGACUCUUAAUCUUAGUGUCUUUCAGAGAGUACUACUUAGAGAGUACUGUAUUUGUUCUGUAUAUAUCUUGUUUGUACAAAGUUGUUUGUUUAUUAUCUCCUUGUAGGGAGCUUUUCUUUUGUCUCUCUUUGUACCCUUAGCACUUAGUAGAGUGCCUGCCACAUAAUAGACAAUAAAAUGCUUGUUUACUUUGAGCAGAAAUAAGAGAAAAAGUUUAUACCGAGAAAAAAUAGUGAGUCAAUACAGUAAUCGGGGAAUUGUGUUGUAUGUGUGUGUCUUAAUAUUUUUGGUGACUUUUUUUUUGUGUGAGAAGAUUUAAAAAAAUGUAGUUGAUCAAUGGAAGUGUACAUGAUAUGAGAGAGAGGUAAUAAAUAUUUGUAAACAUA